AUGCAAAAAUUGAACGUAAAUCUAUCUAUCAAAACCUGUUCAUCUAUCUAUCUAUCUAUCUAUCUAUCAAAGCCUCGUUUCUUUCUUUCUUUCUUUCUUUCUUUCUUUCUUUCUUUGUCUAUUCCUUUCCUUCUUUAUUUUAGUCUUCAAUUUGUUUGUUUCUUUUUCCUUUGUUCCUUCCUUCCUCCCGUUCUUUCUUUCUUUCUUUCUUUCUUUCUUUCUUUCUUUCUUUCUUUCUUUCUUUCUACCAUGGUCUGUUCAUCUGUUUCUUUGUUUUUCUUAAUAUUCCUAUUUCUUUCUUUCUUUCUUUCUUUCUUUCUUUCUUUCUGUCUGUCUGUCUUUCCUUCUUUCUUUCUUUCUUUCUUUCUUUCUUUCUUUCUUUCUACCAUGGUCUGCUCAUCUGUUUCUUUGUUUUUCUUAAUAUUCCUAUUUCUUUCUUUCUUUCUUUCUUUCUUUCUUUCCUUCUUUCUUUCUUUCUGUCUGUCUGUCUUUCCUUCUUUCUUUCUUUCUUUCUACCAUGGUCUGUUCAUCUGUUUCUUUGUUUUUCUUAAUAUUCCUAUUUCUUUCUUUCUUUCUUUCUUUCUUUCUUUCUUUCUUUCUUUCUUUCUUUCUGUCUGUCUGUCUUUCCGUCUUUCUUUCUUUCAUUCUUUCUAUCUGUGUAUUAUUUAUAAAAUGUUAUAA